AUGGCUCCCAAAACACUUGCCGUCGUUGCUGGUGUGGGCCCCGGAACAGGUGCCUCAAUUGCCAGACGCUUCGGGAAAGAAUACUCCGUUAUUGUCCUGUCUCGCAAUCCAGAGAAUUACACUUCUGUGGUAGAGGAGAUAAACUCCAGUGGCGGCCAAGCCAUCGGCAUUAGUACCGACGUUUCCGACCAGAACAGCGUCAAUUCUGCCUUUGACCAGAUUGCCAAACAGUUCCCAGGCUCUCCUCUCGCAGCUGCAAUCUUUAAUCCCGGUGGCGGUCUCGUGAGAAAGCCGUUCUUGGAACUUACGGAGACCGAUUUCGCAUUAGCGCUAGACUCUCAAGCAAAGGGUGCCUUUUACUUCGCUCAACGAGCUCUCCCACUUCUCCUUCAAGCCAGAGAGUCAUCCGUUCACCCACCAAGCUUGAUCUUUACAGGUGCCACCGCGAGCGUGCGUGGUUCGCCAAACUUUGCAGCAUUUGCCGCAGGGAAGUUCGCUCUGCGGGCACUUGCGCAGUCACUUGCGCGUGAAUUUGGACCACAAGGUGUCCAUGUUUCUCAUGCCAUUAUCGAUGGAAUCAUUGACAUCCCGCGUACCAAACAAUGGGUUUUGGAGCAUGAAGAUGCGAAGCUAAGUCCUGAUGCUAUUGCGGAUUCGUACUGGUAUUUGCAUACACAGCCACGUACCACAUUUGCUUUUGAGUUAGACUUGCGACCUUAUAUUGAGAAGUGGUAA